GAAACAGUAUGGCGGCCUUGAGUAGUAGUUUAUUAUAAACUUCAGUUUAGAUAUACAUUUGUAUGUCAUGAUUUGUCGUGGUGUUCACUGUACGUGUUGUCAAACAUAGCGAGUAUAGACAAACUAGGUAGAUAUGGGAUUUUUGAAGAGAAAAAUGAUUCCCAAACCGAAGCUAAAGCUUCCAAGUCCUGUGAUCGGAAAAGCGACGGUCUACCAUGCUCUUGUGGUGAUAUUUCUCGAGUUCUUUGCCUGGGGUCUACUUACCUCACCCAUGAUCACAGUAUUAAAGGAAACUUUCCCACAUAAGACCUUCCUGAUGAAUGGAUUAAUUCAGGGCAUAAAGGGAUUGCUAUCAUUCCUAAGUGCGCCUCUGAUUGGCGCGCUCUCUGACAUGUGGGGACGAAAGUCAUUCCUACUGUUGACGGUUUUCUUCACGUGCGCUCCAAUCCCGCUGAUGCGAAUUAGCCCGUGGUGGUUUUUCGCGAUCAUCUCCAUAUCCGGUGUCUUUUCCGUGACCUUCUCCAUUGUGUUCGCUUACGUCGCAGACAUCACAGACAACGACGAGAGAAGCUCAGCGUACGGGCUGGUGAUUGGAUUCAGUCCGGAGGCCGUUGCAUCGUUUAUUGCUGUUGUCGGCAUUUUAUCUGUAAUUGCUCAGACGGGCGUUCUAACAUUCCUGAUGCGAACGCUGGGAGCCAAGCACACGAUCAUGGUGGGACUCACGUUUCAGAUGCUACAGCUGGCGUGGUACGGCUUCGGCUCACAGACGUGGAUGAUGUGGGCAGCCGGCAUGCUAGCGUCAGUAGCAAGCAUCAGCUAUCCAGCGAUCAGUGCUUUUGUGUCCAUGCACGCUGACGCUGACAAGCAGGGUGUUGUUCAGGGCAUCAUCACCGGUUUGCGUGGACUGUGCAAUGGCCUCGGACCGGGUCUUUACGGAUGCAUAUUCUACCUGUUUGAUGUGAACCUGUCGGACAUGAUAGAACUGGACACGGAAGACGCAGCCGCCGGCACCACGACCCGAGCAACGACCUCCCCCGGCUACAUGCCCAUGCAGCAGCGACUGCUUCCCGGCCCGCCGUUUGUCUUUGGUGCUGUGUUGGUCAUCCUCGCUCUGCUGGUGACCGCCUUCAUCCCCGACGCAGCGCCACCUACCCUCCACGCCGCCAAACUACACCACCGACAGCAGCGCGCCCUGGUGGCCGACUGCGAGAAACUCGACGAGAAACCGCUGCUGAACGAAGAGCCGGCGUGAUGACGGCGCCUGUCUAGGACCGGUGUUCGCGCGUCGGAGCCGUCGGCACAGCGACGGCGCGAAAAAGAUGGCGGCCGAAGUCUCGACCCCGGGGAGCGAUAAGCGUAGAAGUGGCGCCAUCUGGUGGGUGCCGCCAAUCAUUGACAUUGGUGCUACUGAGCAGCCGAGUAUUGAUCGGUUGCUAUGGUGAUAAAAGCAGCUUCCAUGUGGAUGGCAGAAUGUCGGCGAACGCCGAAGGAAGGGACAUGCACAUUAUAAGGUUAUGUUAGCACUGUAAAUCUGAAUUUCCAUGUAUCUUGGCAUGCAGGGCAUAACCCAUGAGAAUGAAAGAAAUUAAGAUCAGAAUUGCAUUCACUUAAUCUGAAUCUUCUUCCAACGUCUUUGAAAGAACGGUCAAUGCAUUUGGACGUGUAGUACUAUCACUGUGACGGGUGCUACAUUCACCUGCUAUGUUUGGUCAGCGUGGGUACCGGUGAUCGAGGCAGUUACAGGUUACUGUGGUUGCCAGCGAUUACCGUGGUUACCGGUGAUCGCUGUGGUUACCAGCGAUUACCGUGGUUACCGGUGAUCGCUGUGUUACCAGCGAUUACCGUGGUUGCCAGCGAUUACCGUGGUUACCGACUGGUGAUCGCUGUGGUUACCAGCGGUUACCGUGGUUACCGGAGAUCGCUGUGGUUACCAGCGGUUACCGUGGUUACCCGCAAUCAUUAAUAUACCUUGUAGAGAUUAACGACAUGCUGAUGCGAUCUGCCUCAAGUGACUAUAAAUAAUGUAAAGUAGUGUGUCACUCUCAAAUCAUGCUAACGUGUGUGCGUUGAUAGGUUACAAACACAUCGUGGUGAUAAUGUCAACGAUGGUGUGAUGAGUGUUAGCAAUGGUGUGACAAGUGUCAACGAUGGUGUGGCAAACGUCAGCUAUUAUGUGACAAGUGUCAACGAUUGUGUGAUAAAUGUCAGUUAUGGUGUGACAGGUGUCAGCAAUUGUGUGAAAAGGGUUAGCAAUUGUGUGGCAAAUGUCAGCUAUUAUGUGACAAGUGUUAAAAAUUGUGUGAAAAAUGUCAUUUUCAUUGGGACAAGUGUCAGUAAUAGUGUGACAAGUGUCAACGAUAGUGUGACAUGUGUCAAUUACGGUCUGACAAGUUUCAGCAAUUCUGUGACAAGAGUCGGUGACAGUGUGACAAAUGUCAUGGUGCGACAAGUGUUAGUGAUUGUGUGACAAGGGCUGGAGAUGGUUUACAUCACAUGUCGGUGACUGUGUAACGUUGUCUGACUACUUGUACCAUUGUCGCUCGUGUCAUUGUCGCUCGUGUCAUUGUCACUCGUGUCAUUGUCGCUCCUCGCGUCAUCACCGCGUUAUUGUCACCGUGUUGCCCAUCUAACGCCCGCAUUUUUUUUGCUGCAGGUCUGUGUUCAUGCAUUUGUCACCCAUCUAUUUGUCACCAAUCGAUUUGUCACCCAUCCAUUUGUCACCAACUGAUUUGUCCCCCAUCGCUUUGUGCGGUUGUUUUUACGAGCUUGCCGAGAGCCCAGGCAUGCCUUGCUGUCAUGUGAAACGCAGCAGCACACGUGACAUAUGACUCAUGAGUGAGACCACCCAUCGUAUUAGUCGAGACUAACUAACUUUAUGUGCUAAGAGUACUAUUUUAAUCGUGUGUCGGUCUGUUGGAAUAAAGGCGAAACGUACGUGAGGCGUUUCUUGUACAACCGAUCAAAAUGCAA